GGCGCGCGGGGAGCGCAGAGGGCCUGCUGCGUGCAAUUACAAAUGAGCCGCGAGCAGAGCGAGCGAGCCACAGUCGCUGUCCCGCCUGCCUCCAGACGAGGAGUGCGAAGGAGGAGCCGAGCCCUCGGGUUGGAGGGAUCGGGAGGAGCGGGAAGCCCCGAGGAGGGCGAGGGGAGCGGGCGGCCAGGACGAGCAGGGGUUGUUAUUCUGCCGUUGCUCUCACUACCUCCCCCCAGCCCGCCCCCAGACCCUGCUCCCGAGCAAACUCCGUCCCCGAGCUGGGGCCGGGACCACAGCCCCACGUCCUCGUGGCUGGAUGCAAAGCGGGCGGGGGCGGGGGCGCCGAGCGGAGCCCGAUCCCCAGCCUGGAGCUGCGGGCUGCAGCCGAUGUGCGUGCGUGCCCGUGGCGGGCGGCAGACGGGCGGAUGACGGCGCUGCCCCGAGCCAGCGCGGCGGCGUUCCCAGGGGAUGGCCACAGGUGGCCCCUUGACAGGGGGCAGUGAUGAAUGAACUGGAGCUCGGUCUGAAGAGGACAAGGAACAAUAACUUCCCUCAGUGACAGCGUGUCAUCUACCCUCCCCCUCCCCCCCACCAGGCUGCCUCUCCUUGAAUAGCAUGAUUCCCCCCUAGAGGAAAGGUCCCCUGGCCCACCAAUGGGCCACUGAUCAGGCCAUUAGCGAGCUGCCAAAAGCAGAAGAGGAAGCUCAUCGGCAGAGAGGCAAACAAGCUUCUUUCCCCAGGUCCCAACAUGUGGCUCCUUCUGGUUUACCUGUUACUGGCGUGGGUGGCAGGGGCCGUCGCCGCUGUGCCUGUGGUACCCUGGAGGGUCCCAUGCCCGCCACAGUGCACCUGCCAGAUCCGGCCUUGGUACACACCCCGAUCGGUGUACCGGGAGGCUGCCACCGUGGAUUGCAAUGACCUGUUCUUAUCCUCAGUGCCCCCGGAACUGCCUGGAGGCACCCAGACCCUUCUCCUGCAGAGUAACAAUAUUGCUCGGGUGGAGCAAAACGAGCUCGACUACCUGACGAACCUGACCGAGCUAGACCUGUCCCAAAACAGCUUUUCCGAUGCCGGUGACUUUGGCCUUCGGGCCCUGCCCCAGCUACUGAGCCUUCACCUGGAAGAGAACCAGCUGACCCAGCUGGAGGACAACAGCUUCGUGGGGCUGGCAAACCUUCAAGAGCUCUAUCUCAACCACAACCAGCUUCGCCGAAUCUCUCCCGGGGCUUUCACGGGGCUGGGCAACCUCCUGCGGCUUCACCUCAACUCCAACCUGCUGCAGGCUGUAGACAGCCGGUGGUUCCAGGUCCUUCCAAGCCUGGAGGUCCUCAUGAUAGGGGGCAACAAGGUGGAUGCCAUCUUGGACAUGAAUUUUCGCCCUCUGGGCAACCUGCGCAGCCUGGUGCUGGCGGGCAUGAACCUGCGGGAGAUCUCGGACUACGCCCUGGAGGGCUUGCGGAGCCUGGAGAGCCUCUCUUUUUACGACAAUAAACUGGCCCGUGUGCCUAAAAGGGCACUGGAGCAUGUACCUGGACUCAAAUUCCUAGACCUGAACAAGAACCCGCUGCAGAGAGUGGGCGCCGGUGACUUCACCAACAUGUUGCACCUCAAAGAGCUGGGGCUGAACAACAUGGAGGAGCUGGUCUCCAUUGACAAAUUUGCCCUCGUCAACCUCCCCGAGCUCACCAAGUUGGACAUCACCAACAACCCCCGGCUUUCCUUUGUGCACCCCCGCGCUUUCCGCCACCUGCCCCAGAUGGAAACCCUCAUGCUCAACAACAAUGCCCUUAGUGCCUUGCACCAGCAGACCGUGGAAUCCCUGCCCAACCUCCAGGAAAUCGGUCUCCAUGGCAACCCUAUUCGCUGCGACUGCGUCAUCCGCUGGGCCAACACCACGGGCACCCACGUCCGCUUCAUCGAACCGCAGUCCACCUUGUGCGCCGAGCCGCCCGACCUCCAGCACUGCCCCGUCCGCGACGUGCCCUUCCGCGAGAUGACCAGUCAUUGCCUGCCGCUCAUCUCUCCCCGGAGCUUCCCCCCAAGCCUUCAGGUGGCCAGCGGGGGGAACCUGGCCCUCCACUGCCGGGCUCUGGCUGAGCCAGAGCCAGAAAUAUACUGGGUGACUCCGGCUGGGCUGCGACUGACCAAUGCCUGGGCAGGGGGCAGGUACCGGGUGCACCCGGAGGGCACCCUGGAGAUCCGAGAGGUGACUGAAGGCGAAGCCGGGCUCUACACCUGCGUGGCCCAGAACCUGGUCGGGGCCGACACCAAGUCGGUCAGCCUGGCCGUGGGCAGCUCUCUCUCCAGAGACGGUCCCCAGGAGCCGGAGCUGGAACUGAGGGUGCAGGAAGUUCACCCCUACCACAUCCUGCUGCGCUGGGAGCCGCUGCCCAACACCAUCUCCACCAACCUUACCUGGUCCAGCUCCUCCUCCCUCCGAGGGCCGGGGACCACCGCCCUGGCCCGCCUGCCUGGGGGCACCCACAGCUACAACAUCACCCGCCUCCUUCAGGCCACCGAGUACUGGGCCUGCCUGCAGCUGGCUUUCGCUGAUGCCCGCACCCAGGUGGCCUGCACCUGGGCUAGGACUAAGGAAGCCAGCCCCCACCGCGGGGCUCUGGGGAGCCAUGUGGGAGUUCUCGCCGCCUUGGGGCUCACCGCCCUGUUGCUAGCUGCUGGGCUGGCCAUUCACUGCGGCCUUUGCCCUACUAAACCAAGCGGGAGGGUGGGUGAAAAACCUCUCCUUCCGUCCUGGGCUCCAUGGGGACGGAGCGCCCCUUCUGUCCGAGUGGUAUCACCCCCCUUUGUCAAGCACUGGAAUCCAGGGAGGAAGCCCACAGAACUUGCAGAAGGGGAGAUGGUUUCACCAGUAAUGCUCUAUGAUUCCUGAAGUUCAUCUUAUUCUUGGGGGUAGGGGAAUAACUAAGACUAUUUUUUAUCAAAAGGGAAGAGGGCUGGACCAGACAUCCCACUGUAAAGGUGACACAGACCCACACCCUUAUGGCUUGGCAGCUGGACAUGGACGGCCUGAACCCCCUCACAUUCUCCUGCCCCUCAAAACACUGCCACCGGUCCUCUGCGGGACCUCCCUGCUGCCUUCAUGAGGACACUUCCCAAGAGCAGGAAGUGCUCUGGCUAUUAACCUUCUCCACCCCCACCCCAGCCUGUUACCCCAUUCAUAUGAGAGCCCCUUUCGACUCAGCUUGGGCCCUGGGCCCUCCCCCAACCCCCCAAGGGAGCCCAGCCUUUCUUUUCUCCUCUGUACAGUUUCACUUGCCUGCUCUUACUCCUCCUAGCCUAGCUAGGGCUAGUCUCCUUCCACCCCCAGGAGCUUUCUCUGAAGGGCAAGGAAAUACCUUGCAUCUGGGGGACAUGGAGAGGAAGGAACUACCCUGUAGUACUGUGGGGGAACCUUUAUCACCCAGAUGCCCGCAGGACUAGGUCACUCUGGAGCUGACUUUGGAAACAGUUUUGUAUCUUUGGGGAGAAACAUGACACUUUCUCCUAUUUCUCCAAUUCACUCUCUUCUAACUUGGAAAAGGAAAGGGAAAAGGAAGGGAAGAAGAGAAGGAAAGAAAGAAGGAAGAAGGGAAGGAAGGAAGGAAGGAAGAAAGAAAGGAAGGGAAGGAGGAUGAAAGAAAGAAAGAAAAGAGGAUAAGAGAAAGAGAGGGAAAAGAAAAUCCUUUGUAUUGCAGUGUAUAGCUAGUUAAUUCCCUGUUCAGAAAUCACCACUUCAAAACCAGGACAAAGAAGUCUGAGAUGAGAUAGGGAGAAAGGAAUGGAGAAGGAUUGAUUUUUCAUUUCAGUUUCCCAAAUAUGAUACUCUAAACCCCUCUGCUCCCCUGCCAGUAAACCCCCCUGAAUCCCGGGAGAUGCACAAGGUGCUUUUAGCUCCUGAAGGAUGAGACAGGGAGAAGGAAGGCCCAGGCCAAGAAGAGAUGGGGAGAAAGAAAACAAAGCUGAGAAACAGAGCAAGAGAGAAACAGGAAAUUUCCACCAUUCAACAUUGUCACCCUUUCUUCUCCGAUAAGCAAAUAACAUUGCAAAUGCAAACUACCACUGCUUGGGAAGCACUUCCCAGCCUGGAGGAGGCUCGCAAUCCUAAAACAGUUGGCAGUUUGACUCUGGGAGGGGUAGGAGUGGCUAAUGGGAUGGGAGUUUGGCAAGGGGAAGGGUGUAGGAUGAGAAAAUUGCUGCAAUUUUCUUUCUGUUCAGUUUCUGUAUUGUUUGUAAUGAGCCCAACUUGCUUUUUAUUUAUCUGAUUGACUUCUUAGGACCAAAUGUGAACAGGAACAUUUGUUGAUAACCCACUGUUAUAAGAGCAUUGCCAAUAAAGCAGGGGAAGGGGGCUGCUGUGAACCCCAGUGAAAAGACCGUGUCAGGGCAGGAGGUGGUUGUGAAUAUUGCUUCUCU